AUGUGGUGCUGCUCGCCCACCAUUGACUCCGAGAUCGCGAAUGUGCUGCCGUACGCAGAACGACCUAUGACGGACGAACAGGCCACUGCAAGCACUACCAGCACGGCCAGCACCGCAUCAAUGUCGCUGAAGGAGUCGCUCCAAAGCUUCCGCGCCAGGGCCUUGGCGAUGGAUCCCUCGUUGAAGGAAGCGCUGCCGGAGGUCCGAAAGUGGCACUGGAAGGGCAGCCAAGUGGCCUUGACAGCCUGUGAUUUUGUCGAAGGUUUUCUUCGCGGUUUGGAGGCACACCUCCCAGACGUGCAAGUCGCAACACAGAUCAUAGAGAAUCAGCCUUCGUCCGUGACUUUGCAGGUGCAACUUCUAAAUUCCGUGCAAGCAACCAUUGCCACUCGUUCUCGAAUCGUCUAUGACGUCCUUCUGAAGGAUGAGGCCUCCUUCACCUUGUCGCAUCAAAAGGGUGACAGCGAUCAGCAAGAAGUUUGCUUGGAAAUCAAUGGUUUGGAAUUUUGGCCACUGGAAGAUUCUGUCCAGUUGCGAAAGACAUUGCGAGAACUGCUGGGUGAUGACUUCACCAGGACAUCCGUGUACCAAUGGUGGGAGGAACACAAAGAGGAGGUGUGCCCUUUGAACAGCUCAAAGCUUCGUUGGGUCAUUGAGUCAAUCCUGGGACUGCGAACCGUGAGUGCAGUGACACCGCCAAAGGGCAAAGAGAAAAUGCUGUGGGGGUUUCUCCACGCGAGGAGGAUGGUUGUGGAACGAUUUACCUUCAGAGAGGAUUGCGAUCGUGUCCGGGUGACCGCAACAGUUGAAGCACCGCGCACAGAUGAGGAGAUCGAGUUACAGGCCGAAUGGGAUGAGUUGAUUGCAGAGAUGCCUCAGCACGAGUUGAAGUUGGGAGAGUACUUUAUGUCCUCCAGUAUGAAUUGGCUCGCGCUCUUCAACUCCCACCUCAUAGGCCAAAGUGGUGCGGACGCAGCACGCAUCAUCAAGCUGCUCUCUGCUGCGAAGCGUUGGGGUCCAGGGCCCGAUGGCUGGCACCAGAAUGACGAGACCUGGACCUGUGUGGACCAGAAAAAUCUUCUUGGAAAGAUUACCUUGGAGCAGGGUCGUGUGAUUUGGCAUCAUGCCCGAAACUCGCCUUGA